UGUGUGCAGCAGAAGCACUUCUCGCCGGAGUCGUGUAUGCAAGGAAGAAAGGCUUGUGGAAAGUACUGUUACCAGCGGUAAAAGCUCUCUGUCCGUGUAUAAUUUUACUUUUACAGUAAAUUGAACAUUUAAAAAUGGACGCGAUUUUAAACUGCAGACCAGAAGAUCUAGAAGAUUAUUAUGCUUUGCUGGGAUGCGAUGAACUGUCAUCGUCUGAACAGAUCCUCACAGAGUUCAAAGCCAGAGCUCUUGACUGCCACCCUGACAAAAAUCCUGAUAACCCAAAAGCAGUGGAAGAGUUUCAAAAGCUGCAGCAGGCAAAAGAGAUCCUGAAGAAUGAAGACAGUCGUGCCCGCUAUGACUACUGGAGACGAAACAGAAUCUCCAUCCCCUUCCGUGACUGGGAGGCUCUGAGUGACGCAGUCAAGGCAUCUAUGCACUGGGCAGUGAGGAGUAAGAAUGAGCCCAUGCUGGAGGCUCCAGGAAUCAAAGACAGCCUGAGCCCUGGGAAGCCACCUGACCGGCAUGGAGAGCAGGACUGCAGCGGCUUGACCAGCAAAAUGGAGCAGGUGGGGCUGUCUGGGGGCAAGACCACUGAGAAGACACCGGAGGAUGAAGAACCACAAUCUCCAAAAACUCCACCUUCUCCCAAUGAGAACUACUGGCACUUGCGUUUCCGUUGGUCAGCUGACACACCGUCUGAACUUCUGAGGAAAUUCAGAAACUACGAAAUCUAAAACCAGCCCCUGCUUUCCAGCAUGUUGUUCAGUAUCUGUUGAAAAGAUUCCAGAUCGCAGGAUGACAGAGUCCGGUUUCAAUAAGCAGAGGUCACAAAGGGGGCCAUUGACAGAAUUUCUUAUUUGCUUCGUUUCCUGUGAGGAUACUGUGUGUGUUUUCUGUUUUUUUGUCUCUCUGUUUUCUACAUGCGAGAGUUUGAAGAAAGGAGUGCAAGACUGGGUUGCAGAAGACAGACUGUCCAGUUACUGUUUUAAAGCAAACCAUACAUGUGUUUUCUUUUGUUUUUUGCAUUCCACUUCCACUCAUUAGGCUUCUGUUCAUUCAAAGGUCUUUGCUAUAUCUGUUGUAUUGUUCUCUAACUUCUUCAUGACUCUAUACAGCCGAAAUGACUGGGGAAUGAAACUGUUCACUUACGACAAAUGACUUUUAGCAGUGCUUGUGGAGAGACCUUGAGAUUUCCUUCUGACCAUCGGGGCAUCCUCUGUUUGUAGCCACGUAUUGCUGCAAUACAGACAGAAUAUACAACAAAGGCAAUGUGUUUGUUGUGAAGACUUCAGGGUGUUCUGUAAUCCUUUAAGCAAAUUAGAACCUUCAUGCAAAAUGCAUAGACUCAUUAUCAAACCGUUUUAAUAAUAAAAAAAGACAAUUGGAACUUUCUCAAAUGCUUUUUCAGCAUGAUCUUUUGUUCUUACACUUUUCUCUCUUUUUACGCUGCUCGCCUUCUAAAUUUCAUGCAUAAACUGUUGUUUGUGAGAUCGUACGUCACAGGGAUGUAUUUUCCUUAAACAUCGCUCUUUAGAGGUAGGAGAGAAGAAUUCUACAUGGCAUUUCCAUUUUAAGGGCAACAUGGUGGUGCGGUGGUUAGCGCUGCUGCCUCACAGCUCCAGCGUCCUGGGUUCGAUUCCAGCCUCGGGUCUGUUUGUGUGGAGUUUGCAUUAUCUCCCUGCGUUCGCGUGGGUUUUCUCCGGGUACUCUGGUUUCCUCCAACAGUCCAAAGACAUGCUGGCUAGGUGGAUUGGUAGCUCUUAGUUGCCCUGCGAUGGACUGGCGUCCCAGCCAGGAUGUAAUCCUGCCUUACGCCCUGUGUCUGCCGGGUUAGACUCCGGCACACCGCCACUCUCUAUUCGAUUAUAGAGAGUGGCAGUUAGAGAUAAUGGAUGGGUUUCCAUUUUACAGGUUGAAAUGAGGCUGUCUAGACUAUUUAAGAGGCAUGGCUAUUGGGAAAUGCAAUUGUGUUGCUUUUUUAUUACAAAUAGAUUCCCUUUUUAUUAUCUGAUGAUUAAAAAAAAAGGCUUUGAUGUAUUGACGUGCAAAGAAAGCCUACUGAAAUGAGUCCUAGCGAUGGAAGCAGGUGAAGAUUACUCAUCAUCACACAGAGCCUUUCAUUUCCUGAAGCUAAAGGCUGGCCUAUCAAUACAAAGCUGAUGUUGCCAAUGAUAACAGUGACGUCACUAUGAUCCAGAGCAUGGAUUUCAGAAUGCUAUAUUUAUUGCUGUACACAGCAGUGCAGUAUUAUUGCUUUUCAUAUCUUUGAUCCAAAAGGAUGUGCCAGGCUCUACUGUAUACCCUCACUGUUUUAUUAAUCUUUCUUUAUCUUUCCAGCUGAUCUGUAGAGUUUCUUUUGGUUCACAUUCUCUUUGUCAAAAUAAGCUGUUUGCAGUUUGUAUGGGGUGCUGGCAUGCUGUAUUAACUUUAAUUAUGCUCGAAAUUGGGGACCUACACCCAUUUAUGCUGCAGAUUUCUAGUUCUUAUUGAGACCACUGUUAAACAAAGCACUGCAGUGUAACCCCCCCCCCUUUGGAUAAAAUUCACUAGAUGUGAUCGAAAAAUGACAGUUUUAGAGCAUGUGCGGUGACUUUUUUAUUGUGCUGAUUAACAAUUGACAUCACGAAGGUGCUGCAAAAUGAUCUGUCGAUCUUGGGCAGGUGUUGUGACUCUUGGUCUCCCAGUUCGUGGCCUGUGAUUGACAAGAGUGUGUCUGGUUAUACUGUCUCACCAGGUUUGAAAUUGCUGGCUGUGAGCACCCAAGACGGCGAGCCACAGUACGCUGCCCUAGUCCAGCCUUCAAUAUGCCGAUUGCAUGAAGGCGCUGCUUUUUUUGUGAUUUUCUUUAUUGCUUUUAUUCAAGCUUGCAAUUCAACAGCUGAACUCACUCCAUAUCCAGUGUCCAAUCAACUGUCUCACUAAUUAGGUGAGCAAGUGCAUAUGUUUCAGUCAUAGUCACUCAAGCGUGUCAUGGUCAAGGAUGAAUGAUCGAGUGAUUAAAAAGAAACCAAAAACAUUUCAUCAACGUCCAUCAUUUAUAUACCUUAUUUUUUUCCAAAAUAAAUGUGUUGUAAUAGUGAUAGGUUUCUUUUGUUGCCCGGUGUACAAUACAAGUACUCCUUAUAGAAAUGUGCUAUUUUUCAUGGCCACUGGGUGUCACUGAUGUUUAGGAAGAGUGAGACAUCAGAAUACAGGAAUUCAAUAGACAAUGAUGAGUGAUUUACUACUAACAAAAAAGAAAAAUACUGUAAUAUUAUCAGCCAUUCAAAUCUUAAACCUUGAUGAUUAAAGAGCAUGUUUCUUCCAAUUCGCUGCUAGUAAUCCAGCUGGGUAGAUUUUAUUAGAAUUUCUGUUGCAUACACAUACAUACACUUUGGUCUACAAUGUUAAUGUCAAUUCACACUCAAAUGGCACUUCUGUCAUUAACACUACAUCAUUUUUACAAAUAUACACUGAGAGAAUAUGUUCUUUGCACUGUAAUUAUUACAUUGUAUUGAUGUAUGGAAGCAUUUGUUUGCAGCCCACCUGCUGGCUGACGUUUAUUUUAGUGACUCAUGUUUUCCACAUUUCCAGGGAAAUGCCCAAUCUUUCUUUGACCGUGUUAUUAGCAUUCAGGCACAGCUUCCCUCCUAUCCUCAAGGUAAUCUGGUGUUAGCCAUCAUUCUGUACAAUCGCAUUGAUCUGCUGUAUAAUGAACUGAAAUGAAUAGUGUUCACAAGUGAAGAAUUGACAGAUGGUUCUGUUACAAACAUCCUAAACAAUAUAAUUUAUUGUCAUUCAUCUUUUGUUUUCCAUUACCCUUUGUUUUGUUUUUUGUCUCUAAAAUGCAAUUGUAAAUGAAAAAUACCUUUCUGAAAAAAAUAAAUAAAAUAUAUAUAACCUAA